CAAGGAGGAAGGAAACUGUUUGGGGUUUGGGUAGCUGCAGAGAGAAUUGUUGCCCCACCUGCAUACCUGUCCCAAGUGCCUUUCUCCCUCCUGCCCCACCUUCAGAUCCAGCUCCAGAGCCCCCGCUGGCUGCCAGGGUGAGCGGGCUGGGGACUCAGGAGCGCAGCGAGCUCUGCAAGGGCUGAGGGGGUCACUGGGACUUGGCCAGAAGAGCCCUCACCGCCCCCACCCCUAAAGCCAGGAGCCCUGCUUGGCAAGGACACCACGCGAGAGGCUAGCCCCCUGCCCGGGAACACUGACCCCAAGCCACUCUUCACCUGGACACAAUGCGAGUGUCAGGUCUGCUUCACCUCCUGGCCCUCAUUUUUGGCCUGGUCACCACAUGGGUCUUCAUCCGCAGAUAUAUCAACUUCAACAUGAAAACCAUCCUCCUGGGUGAGUGGAUGACAGCCACACCAUCCUCUUCGCACUCGGUGAAGACCAAGUGUGGCCUCAGCAAAUCCUGCCCAGACAACUUCUUUGCGUUUAAAAUCACCAGCGGGGCCGCCAACGUCGUGGGCCCCUCCGUGUGCUUUGAAGGCCAAAUGAUCAUGAGUCCUGUGAAAAACAACGUGGGCAGAGGCCUGAACAUCGCCCUGGUGAACGGAACCACAGGAAAGGUGAUGACACAGAAAUAUUUCGACAUGUACUCUGGAGAUGCUAACCUCCUGGUGAAAUUCCUUAAAGGAAUUCCAGAGGGCACGCUGGUGCUGGUGGCCUCCUAUGAUGACCCGGGGACCAAGAUGAAUGAUGAAAUCAGGAAGCUCUUCUCCAACUUGGGCAGCACCUAUGCAAAUCAGCUGGGCUUCCGGGACAGCUGGGUCUUCUUAGGGGCCAGAGAUCUCAACAGUAAAAGCCCCUUUGAGGAGUUCUUAAAGAACAGCCCAGACGUGAAUAAAUACGACGGCUGGCCGGAGCUGCUGGAGCUGGAGGGCUGUGUGCCCCAGAAGGUAUAUUAGGGCGGCUGUGGCUCUUCCUGGGCCAGGGCCCAAGGGUGCUCCUGCCCGACUUAGGAGUCAGAGCCCAGGCUCACUGCGAGCCGGACUGACAGGAGGAGACGGCCAGCAGAGGAGGAAACAGGAGAGGGAACGGAAGUGUGGAACGUGCUGAGGGUCCUCCAGUACCCUGCACGCUUCCCCCGUUGGAAACAAAGCCCCCCCUGGGUGGAGGCGUCCUACCUGGAGGUGGCCAGCCUCAGAGGGUCCUUCCGGAGCCGGCUGUCUGUGGAGAGAACAGGUGUGCUUUCCUUCAGGGACUGCUGACUGUGGCUCCCAAGGAAGGACAGGACGGACUGCCUGCACCUGAGCACAAUUAAAUUUUAUUUUUGAUGAUUUUGAACAAA